AUGCCGCCAAAGUCGCCCCAGCUCGACGACGCCGUCGAAGCGACUCCACGCGCUCGCAUGACCAGGUCCGCCCUGUCCCGAGGCAGCCUCGCCAGCGCAGCCACCUCGAGCAAUCGCCCUUCCUCCGUCGUCGUCGACCUGACCGGUCACCCAGUCGCGGUGCCUCACAGCGCCGGCACCCCCUCUCGCCCCAACAAUGAGUCCCUCCGCACCGGCAGAGACAGCUCCCGUAGUCAGUCGUCCUCCAACAUCACCGUCGAGGUACCCGUCCCGCGUUCGAAAAUCGGGCGCCCGCCCUCGAAGCUCGCAUCGUCCCAGUCCAUGUCCAAGCUGCGCAAGAGGACGGACGAGACGCCCGCGAGUGCCGCCUCUACUGCCCGCGCUCGCACACAAUCUAGCAUAUCCCAUCUUCGCACCCCUUCGUCCGCUACCCACAGCGUCCGGUCUAGCCUCGCAUCGACGAACAACGAGGACACGAGUGGCUACGCAGACUGCGAGCCAAUCAAGACUUAUCUGCGCAUCAGGCCGCCGCAGGAGAAUGCCAAACGGGAGCAAGCUAGCCCGUACAUUGAGGUCGUCAGCGACACAGAAGUCCUCAUGCAUCCCCCAAAGGAGGCCGACUUGACCAACGCCCGGACCGCAGCCCGAGCUCGCACGCACAGCACCGCGUCUGCGACCAAGUACAUCUUCUCAAAGGUGUUUCCUCCUGACACGGCAUCUCCAAAAGGCCCCGACGCGCAGCGAGACUCCGGGCAAGCCGCUUUUUUCCGCGACACGACGCUGCCCAUGGUCGAAGACCUUCUCAACGGACAAAGCGGCUUGAUCUUCACCUACGGCGUGACCAAUAGCGGCAAAAGCUACACUGUCAUGGGCAGUGGAGGGCCGGGCGAGGCUGGCAUCCUACCUCGUACGCUCGACGUCAUCUUCAACAGCAUCAAGGGGUUGGAGAGCAAGACGGAUAUCCGUCCGAUCGGCCUUUCGGGUAUCGAGCGUGUCGACGCGUCAAAAGGCGCAGCGACGCACCCGGCCUCGGUUGGGAUCGAUCCCUUCUUGGUGCCUGGCCUCACGAAAAAGCUUUUCGACAGGGCAACAUCACGCUCGCUCAAGGUUCUCAAGGCGCACGACCACGACAGCACCAAGCUGCCUGUGGACCGCAACCAACGCUACAGCGUUUGGGUCAGCUACGUCGAGGUUUACAACGAGAAACUGUUCGAUCUGCUCGAUGGACCGCCGAGGAGCAACGCUGGAUCCAGCAGCGGCCUGGCGCGAUCCGAAAGCACGCGCGGAUCAAACUGGAGCAUUGCCACGACAGCCGCUGGAAGCAGCGACGCUGCUGGCAAUUACACGCUGAAGCGCAGGGCCCUGUCGCUCAAGGGUGAUUCCAACGUUCCGGGCAAGUACGUCGCAGGACUAAGGGAGGUCAAAGUCAACAGCGCGACUGAGGCGCGAGAUUUCCUGGUCCGGGGACAGGAGAACCGCGCUGUGUUUGGGACGAACGCGAACCGUGUCAGCUCGCGGAGCCAUGGCAUCUUCACAAUCAAGCUGAUCCGUGAGCACGGCGGCGUGCAAUAUCUGCAAAACGAAGGCGACGGCGAUCUCAGCUCGGGCUCUUACAACGUCGCCAGGCUCAGCAUCGUCGACCUUGCCGGCAGCGAGAGGCUUGCCAACACCGGCUUGACAUCGGGCGAUCGGCUCAAGGAGGCCGGCAACAUCAACAAGAGCCUCAUGGUUCUCGGGCAGUGCUUCGAGAUACUGAGGCAGAAUCAGAGCAGAGCCUCGUUCGCGCAAGACGCCGUCGAAGGGCCGAUGUUUCUGUCGACAAGCCAGCCUCGCCUUCCGACGGCAGCCAGCAGCACACCACCAAAGAAGAGGCAAAGCCUCGUGCCCUUCCGCCAUUCUAAACUCACCGAGCUCUUUCAGAACUUCCUUGCCGGAGAGGGUAAGACCGUGAUGAUUGUCAACGCCAACCCGUACGACACCGGUUUCGACGAGAACUCGCACGUCAUGAAGUUUAGCGCCGUGGCGAAAGAGGUCGGCACGACCCGCGCCGAGCCUGCAAAAGCCAAAGCGAUGCCCCGGAAAGCCAUGGAGGUCGAGGUGCCUCCGCCAAAGCCCGUCAAGCGCGGUCCUGGUCGUCCUCGAAAAGGGGCACCUCGCGACAGCCAGCGCGAUACUCACGCCUCGGAACUGAGCGAAGUUCGAGACAUCACAAUUGUCGAAGUUGACGAGUCCGACGACGAGGACGAGAGCGAUCCGUUCGUCGACAUGCUCGUCGAGAAGCACGAGGAGUUGCGCCAAAAGCUCUACGCAUCUGAAUUGCGUUGCGCCCUCAUCGAAAAGGAGAUUCGUGAGGAAAUGGCCGACGAGAUGGAGCAGCGGCUACUGGAAAUGCAGUCGAGGUACAAUCAGAGGCUUGCCGAGGACGCUGAGCAAAACGAGCAGUUCGUCAACCGAAAGAUCGACCUGCUGGUGCGAUCGAGCAUGGCCCAAGAGAAGCAGGUCGGCGCCAGCAAGCCCGACAGCGACGACUCUGAGCUCAGUGAGCUAUCCAGCAGUGGGGGCAGCGACCUUGACGAUGACGAGCAGGGUACAAGCAGGGCCAAUGGCCGCCAAGGCAGUAGCGAAAGCGACAGUGGCGAAGACGAGGAUCAGAGCGUGAUCGUCCGGCAGAGCCAGGCGCUGGACGGAAACGGCGAGAGCGAGAGCGACGACGAUGGCGUCGAAGCGGAAGCCAACAGCGACGAGAGCGACCAAGAUGACGAUGAGGAAGACGAGGAUGAGGUGGAAAACGAGCUCGAGCUCGCGGCUACCCGUGGCAACAAGAAGCAACCACGUCCGGUGUCGGAUUCGGACUCUUCCUUUGCGAGUGAAGCAUCCAGCGACGAGGCGCAACAUCGGCCAAGCAAGAGGAGAACAUCCAACCCCACGACAAAGACCAAGACCAAGGCUCGCAGCAGUCGAACCAGUACCAACACCGGCCGGAGCGGCCGCGGAGCCCUGACCCGGACGCCCCUGUGGGAACGCAACCAAGACGCCUCGACCAUUGCUCUCAGCGACAUGAGUGAUGCCAGCAUGAUCGCCGAGGAUUGCGUGACACCCAAGCCCAAGAGGAAGCUUCGCAAGAAGGCAGCAGUGCAGGAGGACGACAUGGUGGACCAGAUUGGCGAUUCCAGCGUUGUCGAGAUUGCUCAUCCCACCGGCCUUACGACGCUUCUGAAGUCUCGCCGAUCCGUACGUUAG